AUGCCGGGAAGUGUAACAAGUGUUGAAACGAGUCCACAAAUAUUAACAUAUGUUUUCUCAGUGUUUGGACUUGUCACUUCAUUAAUGUUAACAACAGUUGGAUAUGCGAAUAAUGCUUGGAUUGUUUUGACAAGUGCGCAGGAUUUAGGUGAACUUCAGGUGAUAUUUUUUGGGCGCGGCUUUAGUGUGGGAAAAUCCAGCUCGAAUUAGAAAAAUCAAUAUUUUCAGAGAGGAAUACGAGGUCAUGAUUGUUAUAGAAAUAUUACUAGUGAUGAUGAUAAUUUACAAUGUUUACCUUGGGAGUUGGAAGAUAAAACAUCGAAGUUUCCAAGACCGUUCAAUGGAAUUGUACCGCCAUCGGAUUGUGAGUUUUUCGAGUUUUGAAAAAUCAAAAUUGAAAUAGGAUGGUUAUGAUUUUAAUCGAAUUAAAAACCUCACAAAGUUAUCUGAAAUUCAAAAAUGUUUAGUUAUUCAAAAUUCUGAAAUAAAUUCAUUUUAAACCGAUUUUUGAAUUUUUUUCUAGUAUGAAAAUUUUGAAAAUCUCCGGGUUUCAAAAUUGUUCGAAUAUUUAUCAAAAAUUAUCGAUUGCUAGUAACAAUAAGUCUCUGAUUUUUUUGGAAAAGUUCAAAAUAGAAUCUGCUGAUUGUGAAUGUAAAUAAUUCUCCAAAAUUUACAGCAAUCUGCUGGUCACAAUACAUUGCUCUCAUCAUUUUCCUCUGUCAAUUUGCCUGGUUAGCCUAUUCAAUUGCACAAUGUUGUAGUUCAAAAGCUGCCGAUUAUCUUCAAAAAUACAGACUGAAACUAUAUCGAUUAUAUAUUGCUACAUGUGAGUUUCAGAUUUUGGGCGAGGAAUCACCAGGCGGUUAAAAUAGAGAAACCCAAGCCUGAUUCCUGAUCUUACUCCAAAUUCCCAGACACUUCUAUUUUUUUUUCAGUAUGGCUAUUCGCGAUUCUAUUCUUCUUUAUCGUUUAUUCUCUACAUUUCAAUGAUUUCUACAAAAUGAAUGACUCAAUAGUAAGUGGGAUUUAUUUUUUUUUUCGUAUUUUAUUUUCCCCAAAACGUCAUUCAAGCAUAUAUGUUACAUAUAAAAAAACCUGAAAAAAUGACGUGAAUAAAAAAAGAAAUAUAUUUUCAGUUCGAGAAAAAUUACGGAAAUGGCAUGAAAAUUUUUCUCUUCGGUGGAUUGACUUCAAUGAUUAUUGCGUUCAUAUUUUUGUUCAAGGAUGAAUUGAAAGAUGAUUGGAAUAAAUCGUCGUUUUGCUGUUUAAGAAGACGACAUCAACCAUUGCCAACAAGAAAUGAUGAGACUGAAAUGCAUUGA